GCCCCCGCCCCGUGCGCGGCGGGCGACGUGGCCUGCAGCGGCGGCGCGGCCGCCGCGCCGGCGCGGCUGCAGCGGGCCGCAGAGGUGCUCGUGCCGGCGGGCGCCAUCCUGCUGGGGGCGGCGCUGCUGCUGCUGGGCCUCCGCAUGCCCGGGCUCUUCGCCCUGUACUUCGGCGCGCAGACCGGCUUCAACCUCUACAUGAAGGUGAUCCUGUCCGACGCCGACGUGGCCGGCGCCCUCGGCCUGCGGGGAGUCCCCGCCGCUUUCUUGGUGACGGCCCUGCAGCAGCUGGUGGCCUUCGUGCUGCUGACCGGCGCCGUGGGGGCCCUGUGGCUCACGCGGUGGCGCUACAGGGUCAAGCGGCUCGAGACGCCGGAGGAGUGGGUCGCCGUGCUGUGCCUCUCCGCGGCCUUCGGCGCCAACAUCGGCCUCAACAACCUGAGCCUCUCGUACCUGCCGGUGUCGCUGAAUCUCACCAUACGCUCCUGCUUGCCGCUGGUCACCCUGGCGGUGCAGCUCGUCAUCUCGCGGUGCCGCAUGGGAGACGCCCCGCCCACUUCCCACACGGAGGUGGGGCUCAUGUCGUUGGGAGUCUUCUUCGCCUGCCUGGCCACGAUGGCCAAGGGCGAGGGCUCCCACUCCGCGCAGGAGGUGAGCCACCUCUGUUUCGGCGUGGCCGCGUGCUGCCUGUCAUGCGUGGCCGCGGCCCUCAACAUGGUGAUCGUGGCCGCCGUAGGCCAGAAGAUGGACAUGAAUCCGGUGGACUCGGCGCUCUACAUGGCCCUGCCGGCGGCGCUGUGCCUGAUGCCACCGGCCUUCUUCGUGCCCCACCCGGUCGGCUGGCCCGGUUUCGAGAGGUUGACGGACGUGCAGGUCUUGCGGCAGGUGCUGACGCUGAGCCCGGGCACGGUGGGCUGGUUGGCCCUGUCUGGCGUCUUCGGCGUCGCCUACAACGUGCUCCAGUUCCAGCUCGUCCAGGCCUUCUCCGCCGCCCACACCGCCUUCGCGGGCAACUUCAACAAGGGCGCCACCAUCGCGCUGUCCAUCUGCCUCAGCCUUGAGUCGCUGCCCCCGAGGCCGUGGGACCGCGUGAUGCUGAUCGCCCUGGCCGGCAACGUCUGCGCCUUCGCCUGCUACAGCGCGGCGGCUCGAAGCCGGGGUCUUGAGGGGUGGGGCACGACUCGGAGGGAGCCAGCUGUGCAGCAGCACCGAUCCUGGCCAGGCUGGGGCCCAAGAUCUGUGUGACUGUGUGCCUUCCCGCCCAAGCUGUGUGCGGCGUAGCUAUUCGAGCAGUGGCGAAGCAUCCUG